UAGAAAAGUGGGAAAAAAAGUUUAGAAAAGUGAGAAAAUGAGUAAUCAAGCUUUUUUUCCUUUUUAUUUGCUCAGAUCUUAAGACUCUCCAUUUUUCUGUUCAUUUCUGAUCAAACGAAACAACAUAAGGAAAAAGGGAAUGGGAGAUCAAUUGGCGAGAGGAGAAGAAUUCGAGCAAAAAGCAGAGAAAAAGUUAAGCGGGUGGGGUUUGUUUGGCUCCAAACAUGAAGACGCCGCCGAGCUAUUUGAUAAAGCUGCCAAUUGCUUCAAGCUCGCCAAAUCAUGGGACAAAGCUGGAUCAACUUAUGUAAAGUUAGCAAAUUGUAACUUGAAACUAGAAAGCAAACAUGAAGCUGCUCAAGCUUAUGUUGAUGCUGCUCAUUGCUAUAAGAAGACAAAUGUAAAGGAGGCUAUAUCCUGCCUGAAAGAGGCAGUGAACAUGUUCUGUGAUAUUGGAAGGCUCAGCAUGGCUGCCAAGUAUUAUAAGGAAAUUGCUGAAUUAUAUGAGUCUGAACAGAACACUGAGCAGGCCAUUGAUUAUUAUGAAAAGGCAGCUGAUUUCUUCCAAAAUGAAGAUAUAUCAACCUCUGCCAACCAAUGCAAGCAGAAAGUUGCACAAUUUGCUGCUCAGAUAGAACAAUACCAGAAAGCUGUUGAGAUCUAUGAAGAUAUAGCACGGCAGUCACUUUCCAAUAACUUGCUGAAGUAUGGAGCAAAAGGACAUCUUCUAAAUGCUGGCAUUUGUCAACUGUGCAAAGGUGAUGUUGUUGCAAUCACCAAUGCAUUAGAGCGGUAUCAGGAACUGGAUCCAACUUUUUCUGGAACACGAGAAUAUAAAUUUUUAGCUGACAUUGCUUCUUCCAUUGAUGAGGAAGAUGUCACGAAGUUUACAGAUGUUGUCAAGGAAUUUGACAGCAUGACUCCAUUGGAUUCUUGGAAGACAACCCUUCUACUCCGUGUGAAGGAAAAGCUGAAAGCUAAAGAAAUGGAAGAAGAUGAUCUUACCUAAAAGAGGUUCAUGUAAUAACAGUUUUGUUUUUUUUCUUUCUUUUUUUCUUUUUCAAAAUUGAUGAUUGCUUUGUGUUAUGGAGUCUUUAUCUAGUUAUACUCUUAACAGUCCCAUGUGACAAUCUGUUUAUGAGAUCUUUUUCUUGUUUGGCUUUAAAUUUGAGAACUAUUAUGCUGAUGAUUGGGUGAA